AUGAAGUUAAUACUCAUAUUGUUGGUAACCGCAGUUCUUGGUUAUGCACCUCAAGAAGUGAAAUGUCCUUCCACUAAUUUAAUUAGAUCAGGUGAAGAUAUAUCCGAAAAUGAAAAGAACUGGAUAGACAAUAGACGUAAAAAGACAACAGCUGCAUUAUCUGAAUACAUCAAAAAUGUAGGAUUAGAUGAUGAUGCUGUUGAUUUGGUUGAAAAUUCGUCGAUUAAUAUUGGUAUUGCCUUGAGUGGGGGAGGUUAUAGAUCAAUGUUGGUCGGAGUUGGGCAAUUGGCAGCUUUGGAUAAUCGUACAGAAGUAACUGAAGGAAGUAGUUUAGGAGGUAUAAUGCAAAGUGCUAACUAUAUCAGUGGAUUAAGUGGAGGUUCAUACCUUAUCGGUUCAUUAUCCUUGAACAAUUGGCCCAGUGUUCAUCAAUCAGUUUUAGAAAAUGAUUUAUGGAAUUUAACUGAAGCAAAUCAAUUAGUCAACACUAAUGGAUUAUGGACCGUUAUAUGGCCUGUUUUAACAGAUAAUCUUUGGGAAGCUUUAUCCCAUAUCAACCAUUGGGUCACCGGGAAAGAUACUGGUAUUAAAUAUGAUUUACAAGCUAAAAAGGAUGCUGGAUUUCCGGUCACUUUGACUGAUGCUUGGGGUAGAGAUUUAUCCUAUCAAUUGUUUAGUGAAGAGAAUAAUGCCGAAGAUUUGAACUUUUCUGAUAUCCGUGAUCAACCAGCUUUCAAAAACUACGAUAUGCCUUUCCCUUUCAUCACUGCCAUUGGUAGAGAACCAGGUACUAUUGUUUACAAUACUAACUCCACUGUAUUUGAAAUGAACCCAUUUGAAAUGGGAUCUUCCGAUCCAUCUUUAAAUUCUUUCACUGAUAUCAAAUAUCUCGGUUCAAGAUUAAGUAAUGGUACCAAUAAUGGUACUUGUGUAGCAGGAUUUGAAAAUGCCGGAUUCAUGGUAGGUACAUCAUCUUCAUUAUUCAACGAAUAUUUAGAUACCUUAGUUUGUGAUGAUUGUAACCUGUUGAAUUUUGCUGUUAAAUGGGUAUUAAAGAAAUUCUUGACCUAUUUAUCAAACACCGGUCAAGAUGUUGCUCAAUACCCAAACACUUUCAAAAACAAUUCAUUCGGUACAUCCAGAAAAUUAGCUACCAAUGAUACUUUAUACUUACUUGACGGUGGUUUAGCUGGGGAAGUAAUCCCAAUCACACCUAUGAUGACAACUCAAAGAAAAUUGGAUGCUGUAUUUGCAUUGGAUAAUUCACAAAAUUGGCCUGAUGGAUCAUCAUUAAUCACAUCCUAUGAAAGACAAUUUACUGAACAAGGUAAAAAUAUGGUUAUUCCUUAUGUACCUGACCAAAAGACCUUUUUACAUCAAAAUUUAACCGCUAAACCAACUUUUUUCGGUUGUAGUGCUAAAAACUUGACAGAUUUAGUUAAAGAUGAUGUCGUACCACCUCUUGUGAUUUAUUUACCAAACAGACCUUAUACUUUCUGGACCAACAUAUCUUUAUAUCAAUUCAGUUUUACUAAUGAAGAAAAGAAAGCUAUCAUUCAAAAUGGUUUUGAAACUGUUCUGAGACUCAAUGGUACCAUCGAUGAAGAUUGGCCAACUUGUGUUGGAUGUGCUGUAAUCAGAAGAGAACAAGAAAGACAAGGUAUUGAACAAUCAGAACAAUGUAAAAAAUGUUUUGAAGAUUAUUGCUGGGAUGGUACCAUUUACGAAUCAGAUGAACCUUAUUAUCCACCAUUAAAUUUUACGGAUUCGGGGUUGACCAAUGAUUCGGUUACUUACGAAGGUUUUUCUAACGUCACAGCUUCUUCAAGUAGUUUGUUCCUGUUUUUCUAA